CACUGCCGGACCCAGAAGCAGAGGACCACUCAUGCUGGCUGCGUAGCUUAUUGCUGACAAUAUUUAUCACUUAAGAGCUCCUGGUGCAGCUGGCAGAGGGGAAUGGCUGUGAGAGCUUGUGGCUUGAUCAUCUUCAGGAGGCUGCAGCCAGCACCGUCCUCUAAGGUCACUGACAGCAUUGAGUACCUCCUGCUGCAGACAUCCUACGGGAGCCACCACUGGACCCCGCCCAAAGGCCACGUGGACCCUGGGGAGGAUGACCUGCAGACAGCCUUCCGGGAAACACAGGAGGAGGCAGGUCUGCAGGCCAGCCAGCUCACCCUCAUCGAGGGCUACAAGAAGGAGCUGCACUACCCUGUCCAUGGCAAGCCCAAGACCGUCGUGUACUGGCUGGCAGAAAUGAAGGACUGCAACACAGAAAUCAAGCUGUCAGAGGAGCACCAAGCUUUCCAGUGGCUGAAGCUGGAGGAUGCCUGCAAAUUUGCAGAAUAUGAGGACAUGCAAGCAAUGCUGAAAGAAGUGCAUCAGUUUCUGUGCUCCAGAGAAUAAGUGGUUUUGUGAAGCAUAAGGGGAUUUCUUGAGGAGACAGGUGUGCUUCUUAUGUUUUAAACUGGAGGAAGAAUUAUAUGGCUGCAGAAAUGUAGAUUUCCUUUUUUGUUUUUAAUCUGUAGAAAUUUAGUGAAGAUACAAGGAGCUUUUAAAGAGAAUGUGCUUUUGUCUCUCCUAGCUAGCACAAAAAAGCAUAGUCUGAUUGAACCCUAAGCCAGAGAUGUCUGAAUUGAACCCAGAGCUAACAAAAGACUUCCUCUGUCUCUGUCUCCUUUUCUUUUUCUUUUUUUUUUUCCCUUUUUUUUUCUUCCUUGAAGUGCUGAACAACCACAGGUCUUUUUGAAAAAUCAAACACUUGAUACAUCUUGACUUGCUGAUGUAAAGCCAGAGAGUUGAGAAAAUGAGCAUAUGGGGAUUUUUAAUAACAAAACGCUUACUGCAGAAGUCAUACCUUGAAUUUCAAAUGAGGAAGCAGUAGUUCUAUUCCCAAUUCUUCCAGUGAUAUGCAGUGAUAACUUGUCAGAUCAUUUCAGGUCUUUUUUUUUGUAUCAUGAAUUUAUGUACAUCCAUAAUGUACUGUUGUGAGAAUAUUUUCCACCCAGACAGUCUUAGUAAAUGGUUGAGGUACAGUAUUUAAGUGGUAAAUUGAAGUUCUUUUGCCUCUUUCUUUUAGUUUUUGAUCUUUAACAGACACCUUAGCCAUAGAUUUUCCAGGGGGCUGGGAAAGGGUAUUUAAUCCACUUUUUGCACAGGAUAUCCAAGCUUGUGUGCAAUCUAUGUCUGUUUCAUACUAUCAGUACUUCUAUGGCUGCACCCACUCAUCUUUUGGGGUAGCAGACAUUACUAAUGUUGGUACUGGUGUGACAAGAAUCUCUUGCAUGUCAGCCCAUUAUCUUCCAGUGGAGUUAUUUAAAAUAGCAAAUAUUUAUAUUUUCAAAAAAGGGGAUGCACUAUAAGGAGGCUUUUAUAUGUAGAUAUGUAUGUAUCUAUACACAUAAAAAACUUCAGUGCUCGUCCACAUUACAUCAGGCUUUAUUUUGAUUAUGAACACUUCCUCAGAAGUGUUCCACUCAGGAGGUGGCAGAGAGUGUAACAACCGGUGAAAGUGGGAGAGAAGAGUUAAAAGCCUGUGCAGCCUCAGUCUUGGUUUUUCAUUAUUGUUUGAGGUACCAUUUAAUCAGUGCUGUGUAAACAAUGGUGUUGCUGCCUUCCUGUUUAUGAGCAAGAUUAGCAUAUUAAGCUGGAGUUAGAGAGUCAUUAACAAGUCAUCGGUUCUGCCCGUUCAGCAAUAAUGGACGCGGGCACUUGAUGCUUUGGAAAACACAUUAGCUCAGCUCCAAGCCAGUAUUUCCUUUUUAAUGGCACUGCUCACAUAGUGCUCCCAAAGCCUGUCAAGGUUUCGGAGAGUGACCAGUGCUGUGCACUGUCAGGUGAUGUGCUCCUUGGAAAAAUUCCAAGGGGUGUAACUGUGAUAAUGGGUAAGGCACUGUGUGUGCAUUUUAAGUGAUUUACAUACAGAAUGUAUUCCCACAAAUUUUGUGAGUAAAAUGAUUCUUAAACAUAUUUUGAUCCCAGAGUCUUUGAGUUUCAUUUAAAGUAGAAAUGUUGGAGAGUCAGAAUUUAACUGUGAUUCUUGCUGCUCACUGGUGAAGAAAAAGUUCUUCCUCUGCCUAUGUCUAAUAGUAAAAUAUUUUCCCAAGGAGCAUCUGGGAAACCCUCCAGUAAAUAAAUAUGGAAUAAUCUGCCUGGCAAAGAUAUUUAUUUCCAACCUCUAUGAUAUUUAUGCCCUAAACCAAUAGGGCUUGGUUGUUUUGGGUUUUUUUUAAGACCAUUAAAGUUUUUUGUUAUAAUAAUA